GUAAACCAAUUCCAGAAAUAACCUGGCUGCGAGAUGACAUCAAAUUACUGUCGCAAAAUAAAUAUAUUUCCAGUGGACACUAUGUUGAGAGUGAGAUAUCCCUGGGUCCCCUGGGACGAUCCGACUUAAAAUCACAUAUCAGUUGCAGAGCAAGUAAUCAUCCGCGCGCCACUCCUGUAGAGACUGUGGUACAAAUUGAUAUGAAUUUUCCUCCGCUGGAUAUUCGACUCUUAGGCGCUUAUCAACCAUUGUCAGCUGGUCGACGAUAUGAUUUAUUAUGUCAAAGUGCAGGGUCGCGACCACCAGCGGUAAUUACUUGGUGGUUAGAUGGGAUCCGAAUGGAAAAAACUACAGAAACGACGUCUAGUGAUGGAAACCAAACAACAAGUACGCUAUCCAUAUCAUUCAACAAAAAUGAUGCUGGUAAGUUACUCACUUGUAAAGCAUAUAACCAUGCCACGUCUUCUGAACCUCUGGAGGAUGGUUGGAAACUGGAAAUUCAAUAUGCUCCAGAAUCCUAUGUUCAAUUAGGAACAUCAUUAAACCCCAACACUAUAAGAGAAGGUUCAGAUGUGUAUUUUGACUGUUUGGUCAAGGCUGAACCACCCGUCUAUCGUAUUGAAUGGAGGCACAAUAAUUUACCACUGCCACGAAACAUUUCUCAAGGUGUCAUAAUUAGUAAUCAUUCACUAGUACUGCAAGGUGUCAGCAGAUCAACAGCUGGGAAUUUUUCAUGUGUUGGAUUUAAUAGUGAGGGAGAAGGAGUUAGCCCACCAUUUCCAUUAAACAUUUUAUAUGCACCAACAUGUACCACCAAUCAAAGUGUUAUAUACGGAGCUGCAAAACAGGAAGAUGUAAAAAUUAAAUGUACGGUUGACGCAAACCCACAAGAAGUUGAAUUCUCUUGGACUUUUAAUAACUCCGCAGAAAGUAUCGAUGUUGCUACUAAUCAUAUUUCCCGAAUAGGCACUACAUCGAUUGUAACAUAUACACCUGUCACAGAGCUCGAUUAUGGUACGCUUCUCUGCUCCGCUACAAAUAAAAUAGGCAAGCAGCGAAUACCUUGCAUAUUUCACAUUAUAGCCGCAGGACGUCCUGAUCAGGUACAUAACUGUACAUUGACUAACAUAUCUAUGACGUCGCUGACGGUAACCUGUUCUGAUGGAUUUGAUGGUGGUCUUACCCAACUCUUUGUAAUGGAACUGAUAGAUGCUCAUUUAAAAGACCUAAAGGCUAACAUAACAUCCGCCAUUCCAAGAUUUACUGUAUCAUCGCUGUCCCCUGGUGGUGUUUACAUAUUGACUCUAUAUGCCUUUAAUUCUAAAGGAAGGUCAGAUCCGACCAUAUUGACAGCAUCAAUGCUAGGCAUGCCAGAGAAACAACUUAUUUCGGAACCAGUUCAUAACAGUAAAUCGGAUUUCUUUGUAACGCCCAUGAUAUCUUUGACACUUGGGUUGACGGUGACAAUCCUGAUUACAGGACUAGGAGUUAUAUUCGCCCUUCGAAUACCUUUACGUAGAAGAAACUGUCGCCAAAAAGAAUACUGCAACGAACACCCACAGAGAAGUCUAUCCCCAGAAGCAAGUGAAAAAAGUUCGGAUGAAAAGGAAAUCGACACAAAUGAUGACGACAAAAAUCCGGAUGUAAUACCUGAAUCUAUUAAUUCCGAUGUACAUGAACGGACGCUGGAUUCGGCUGAGGCCUGGCUGUUUUGGCAGUGGUCGGAUGAGGCCGCACAGCUUUCGACGUCGACGGUUGUGGGGACGCGGAACGGUAUCGGUUUCGUUUCGGAGGUGGAAGAAUUUGAUCCUUCAACUUAG